AUGGGCGUGUUGGUGUGGGAAUAUCGCCGAUCAAAUUUACCGUAUCAUGAUGAAGAGGCGAUAAGAGUGUGGCUGACGCACGAAUGGCAAGCGGAUCGAUCAUCGAAUUACAUAAGAAACAUUUUCAACAGAAUAGGUCGGGAGUUGUCGAAGAAACACGGAAUAUAUAAUGAACUGGAAGCAAAUUCCGAUCCUGUAGUUGAUGAGGUUUCCAAAGUCACCCGCGAGAAGCUCUUAUGCAAGAUUGUCCAAUACAAAGGCGAAUACCAUGCAAAUCACCCGACGAUUCUCGCUUUUUGGGAGGCUUUCUUUGAGUUGACAGUGGAGGAGCGUAAGCAAUUUCUACAAUUUCUAAUGGGUUCAACACGAUUGCCAGUUGGUGGUAUGUCAUCGAUGCAGAUGUACGUACAACCAACAGCUCCUGAAGUGCUACCGGUCGCGCACACCUGCUUUAACCUGCUCGACCUGCCCAAUAUCGCCGACAGCAAAGAACUGUUGCGCCGCUUGCGGAUCUCCAUCCAGCAUACGCAAGGAUUCACCCUCGUUUGA